AAAAAAGAAAAAAGAAAAAAGCAAAUUCCUUUUCUCCUAUCGACAAUGCAUUGAUCCUCUGUUAUGUCAAAAAUUCUUUGAGGGACAAGGAAGAAAGUUCAAGGUUAGGAAUGAGAAAUGGAUACAAUUAAUCCAUUCAAAGACCAACCUCAUCAUUUUCCCUUGAGGAAGUUAUUACUUUUGGCUUUGUAUGCUCUUCUCCCUAUAAUAUUUCUAUUUCACUUAAUUGGGCCUCUCUCUCUUUCUCAAACUAAACAUUCACUAAUCGUCACCACCUCUUCUUCAACUCCACCAAAAGAAGUGGGAAAUGAUAAUGUCGAAAUUUCAUGUGACUAUAGCGAUGGCAAAUGGGUUCAUGACAAAUUAGGCCCUUUAUAUACAAAAUGUGGUACGGUAAAAGAAGGACAAAACUGCAUACCACAUGGAAGAUCUGAUAAAGGCUAUCUUUAUUGGAGAUGGAAGCCAAAAAAUUGUCAACUUCCCAGGUUUGACCCAAAAUCUUUUCUACAAAUUCUCAAGAACAAGAAUUUAGCCUUUGUUGGUGAUUCCUUGGCUAGAAAUCAAUUGGAGUCAUUACUCUGCUUGUUAGCCACAGUUAGUCCUCCUAAUUUAGUCUUUAGUCAUGGUGAGGAUAAUAAGUUUAGGAAAUGGCAUUUUCCUUCACACAAUGUGAAUGUAUCAAUAUAUUGGUCACCUUUUCUCGUUAAAGGUAUAGAAAAAUCAGACAAGAAAAACUAUAAUUCUCUAUUUUUGGACUCUGUGGAUGAGAAAUGGGCUUCUGAUUUAGGGCAAUUGGAUAUGAUUAUUUUAUCAGUGGGACAUUGGUUCUUGCAUUCAGCAGUGUAUUACUAUGGGGACUCAGUACUAGGUUGUCAUUACUGUUCUGGUCAGAAUUACACUGAAAUUGGAUUUUAUGAUGUUUAUGGCAAGGCAUAUCGGACUACUCUUAAGACAAUAAUUGAGAGGAGAGGCAAUAAUAAUAAGGGCAAUGGAGGGGUACUUGAUGUGAUUGUGACAACAUUUUCACCAGCACAUUUUGAAGGAGAGUGGGACAAGUUUGGGGCAUGUCCUAAAACAAAGCCUUAUAAUCCAGAGGAGAUAAAGCUCGAAUGGAUGGACGCGCAGAUGAGGGAAACAACGAUAAAUCAAGUGAAUGCUGCAAAAAAGGAAGCUGAGAAUCUGUCUAAUGUAAGAAUUGAGGCAGUGGAUGUAACAAAAUUAGCAUUACUAAGGCCAGAUGGUCAUCCUGGACCUUAUAUGCAUCCAUUUCCAUUUGCUAAUGGGAUCGAGGAACGCGUACAGAAUGACUGUGUUCAUUGGUGUUUGCCAGGUCCUAUUGAUACAUGGAAUGAGAUUUUACUGCAAGUGAUCAAGAAUUUGACAGGUUAAUUUAGUAAACAAUGUUUACUAUAUAUGAUCUCUGUGGUAUUUUUUCCAGAUUUCUGCCCAUUGGGUGUUUUUUAUUCCCAAGAAAGAGGCUAUCAAUGACCGUUAGAGUUGAUUAAAAUGUGUUUGUUUCUAUUUGCUAGGACAGAAAAAUGUGAAUGCAUAGAUGAUUUGAUUUUGAAGAAAUGUAGAAUCUAGAUCUUUGGUCUGUCUAUUAUGACUUAUUUGCAAUUAAGCCUCAGAUUUGUAAUCGAUUCAGUUCGCCAUAACUAUAAGUUGGUAACAUUUUAAUACCA